CAUCGUCAUUGAAAGAAAGCAACUCUCUCUCCCUCCUCUUUGUCUAUCCAUCUACUGAUCCACCACAAGCCAAAGUUGCGUCUUUUUGAAUAGGAAGAGACCAAACCAUAGCAAGGCAUCGGUCAGCUAAACCCAAAAUCAAAAGGAUAGAGAUAAAAGCAUGAAACACAAACAGAAAGACCCAUCUUUAUUUUACAAAAGAAUAUACCAUAUCUUGUCUCAAGUGUCCAACAAAUAAAAGAAAAGGAAAAGAAUUUCCUAUGCCCUUAAGCCAUUAAGCACUCACCACCCAACAAGAGAAAGACAUCAAUACUAUCAAAGAAGUUUCUUUUCCAACUCUUUUCAGCUCCCCUUCUCUCUCCUCAGAACUUCCUUCUCAAGCUGAAAUCUUUCACCUCCAUUGAUACAAAAGGACAAGCUUUUAUUGUUUGAAAGCUUGUUAUUUGAUUAAGAAAAGCUUGGUGAAGCUUUUUGACACAAGUUUGGAGGGCUAGAUCUGAAAUGGGUUUUGUUUAAAACAAAGUUUUUUUUGUUAUUAUCUUGUCCAAAUUUGCUGUUGUGUAUCAUAAUCUUGUCUAGAUCUGUUGAUGAUGCGUUCGGUUUUUUUCUGUUGCUAGAAACAGAAAAGCCCAUUCGUCUAUAUUUUUGGCAGGUCAUAGAGGUAUAAAGAUAUAAAUAUUAAAACUUUGUUGCAUUUCUCAAGAAUUGAAGUUUGAUCUUGAGGGAGGGAGAGAAAGAGAUAAUGGAUAUUGAUGAUUUUAGAUUGAUAUUGGAGAGUUCAGGUGUUGAUGUUUGGACUUUCAUUGAUACAGCAAUUGUUGUGGCUUCAUUGGAUUUUGGGUCUGAAUUAAAGAGAAGGAGGGAUGAUAUUGUGGAGAGGUUAUUUGCAUCAUCAAGCUCAUGUAGUAGAUGUAGGGACAGGAGUCUUAAUGACAUUAAUAUGAACAAUACUAGUAAUGGGGAUGAAAUAAAGGGUCUUGUAGAGAAGGAGAGUAGCCAUGAAGAAGAGAAGGGGACAAGGGUGGCUGCAGAUUCUCCUGUUACACCAAGGUCUGUUAAUGGUGAUGGUGAUGAUGAUGAAUUGGAUCCAUAUGGAGGGUUGUUUGAUGAUGAGCCAAAGAAGAUUUUGGUUAUUAAGCAACAGCUUGAAGAUAUUGACCAGCCUGAAGAUUCAUUGGUUGAUUUGCUUCAAAGUUUAGCAGAUAUGGAUAUUACAUUUCAGGCACUUAAGGAGACUGAUAUUGGGAGGCAUGUGAAUCGAUUGCGAAAACAUCCAUCUAAUGAUGUUAGGAGAUUAGUGAAGCAACUUGUCAGAAAAUGGAAAGAAAUUGUAGAUGAUUGGGUCAGGUUGAAUCCACAAGGAGAGCAUGCAUCCUCUGGUUUAAUGGCUGAUGGGGACUCACCUCAGCAGAAGAUUCCCCAGAAUGGUCAUCACCAGGUUCCUGAUUUUGCUUACUCUCCCAACCCUCACAAUGGGAGUUCUGGAUCAGAUAGGAAUAAUUCCGAACCUGAAAGAAAACCAAAACCAGCUCCUCCUCGAAACCAAGCUCCGACCAAACCUACUCAAAAACCAGUCCCUGCAUCUUCACCUGCUCCUUACAAUGUACAGAGACAAAGAGAACAACCGAAAGCAAGCAGUUUUGAUGCUGAUCAAAGGCUUGCCUCGGCAAGUAAAAGGCUUCAAGCGAAUUAUAAAGAAGCUGAAAAUGCCAAAAAACAAAGAACGAUUCAAGUGAUGGACAUUCACGAGAUACCAAAACCCAAGAAUAAGAACACCUUCUUUCCAAAGAACAGAGGUGCUGGUGGUUCUCAUCAAGGGAGGCACUGGUGAUUUCGGCAAAGAGAUCACACAUUGACCUCCAUACCUAAAAUACAAGGGACUUGUGGGGGGGACACAGGAAAGCCUGAGUCCAUUUUAUCCAUUUAUAUUGUUCUUUAAGGGGAGAAAACUUUUUUUCUCUAAUUUUCUUAUGAUAAGAAAAAACCCUUAAAAUAGCUCGUUGGAAAAUAUAGUUUUGAGGUUCUCAUUUGAAACAAAAGAGGAAAAAAGAAGCAAGUUGCUUGCAUUUGCCUCAUCAUAGAAAGAACCCUAACAGAAGCUCAUAGAAAAAUAGAUUAUUGUUGAGGUUCUCAUUGGCAAACUCCAUGCGAGUGAUGAGACUAGUUAGGCAUUGUUUUCAGGCAUAGAUGAAGUUCUUGUGGUGUUGUCUGGAUCCUUUCAUCAUUAUUUUAGGCUAGAAAAAUGAAAUAGCUUAUUUCUCUUACAGAAGAUAACAAUACACUAGAUGCUGAGCUAAGAUAAUGAUUAUUAAAGCUCAAUGGCUUAGUCCAAUAUGGUGAGGAUUAGGUUGUUGAUGAGAGGAAAGGUGGUGGAAAUUGGUUUGCACCAGCCAUUAUCUUAUUAUUAUUUUCUUAGAAAAGAAUGGAGGGGGACUUGCUUUGAGAAAUGCAAGUCAAAUCACCCUACCAUGUGUCCAUGGCUUCUUGUUGGAGAAUGGAGGCUGCUUUCCUGGAAUACCCUAAAAUUAUUAGUUUAGACGGGUUUCAAUUUUUUAUUGAAAAAUCUUUUCUAUGAACUAGCUUUAUUCUUUAACUUAUUUCAAGCCAGAAAGUUUGACUGCAUAGCUGUUUCCUUAUCUUCAACCUUAGUCCCCAAGGCUUGUACUUCAAGGUUGAUCCUAGGGCAUAAGUUGCCCAAGACUGAAUCAGUAAAUUGCUCAGAGUUUAUUAAUGCAAAUUAUAUCACUCAGCCAAGGCAGAAAGAAGCCCUUUCUCAGCUCCAGCGCCUCUUGAAAAAAGUAGUAGUAAGAAUGAGAGGUGUUAAGCUUUUUAUCAUCUUGGCAUCAUCUUCAUGGCGGCAGAGUUUAGCCACCAAGUUCGAGAUGGAUUGGUGGCGGUAGAAUUUAACCAUCUUCAUUGCGGUAGAGUUUAACCUCCAAGUUCGAGAUGGAUUGGUAUAGUUUUUCUAUGUCUAGGAUGGACACCAGAAUAUUGAACUACAAAUGAAGACAGGCAUGAGAGAGAAGUUUUCUUCCUCCUCUGUUAAGCUCUUUAAUUUGAAGAGUAAAUGAGAUAUGUGCCCAAAUCAUCUGGUAACAAUGCCAAAAAACUUGCCAUUUCUGCAAGCUUCUUGACAUUUUUGUUGGAAAAUACAGAACAAUUUCGAAGAUCAAUUUCAACUUUGUAAUCUCUUUUCAGAGAAGAUGUGUGGCUAUUUUCAGUAAAGAAAGAAGAUGGCAACCAAUUAACUCUAGCAA